AUGGCGUGGCCGUGCAUCAGCCGCCUCUGCUGCCUGGCGCGGCGCUGGAACCAGCUGGACCGCUCCGACGUGGCCGUGCCACUGACCCUGCACAGCUACUCCGACCUCGAGAGCGAGGAGCCGGGCCUGGGCGGUGCCACCUCACGCAGGGGCCCGUCCCCCGCAGGCGCGCGGGACCCCGGCCGGGACGUGCCACUUACUCAGUACCAGCGGGACUUCGGCGUGUGGACGGCGCCCGCGGGGCCCAGAGAUGCAGCACUGGGGCGCGGGCCGGGAGCGGGUGGCCGCAGGAUCAAGUCCCCCGCGCCCUACAGCCGGGGGGUCUACGUGCUCCCCGUCGGCGACGCAGAUGCGGCUGCAGCAGCGACCACAUCGUACAGACAGGAAUUCCAGGCUUGGACUGGAGUGAAGCCAUCGAGAUCCACAAAGGUGAAACCCGCCCGAGUCAUCACAACCCACAGCUCUGGAUGGGACCGCAGCCCCAGGGCUGGCUUCCAGGUCCCUGAGGUGAGGAAGAAGUUCGCCCCUAACCCCUCAGCCAUCUUUCAGGCCUCAGCUCCCCGGAUCCUCAACGUGUGAUUGCCCACGGAGAGGAGCGAGCAGCCAUAGAGGAUCAGAACCCACUGCCCGGGGACUGGGGUGAGGUCUCAGGACCAGACGGCCCCUGCCGUCAGAGGGGGAGGGUCCUCCGUUCUCACCGUGGGGCACUACUUCCUCUCCAAGCUGCACGAGGCUGCGGGCGGAGCAGGCACAGAGGGACACAGCACCACCCAGCUCAGCUCUGGGCCUCAGAGACGUGUGCGGAAAGCUUCAGAUCUUUUUUAAUUGCCUCUUUUGGCCACCCUUCAUUUUUUAAAUCUGAAGAACUUGAUCCAUUCUACUGUGAACUGAAUUGGUUGUUGGGGGCUGAGGAAUAUGGACAUAACAGGUCCUUGAAAGAUCCAGUAAUGUCCACGUUUUUGUUUUCACAGGCUGCAUGAUAAUUUUAUAACCUAUGGUAACCCAAGGUGGUGUCCUUGGAUAGUCCCACCAACGGCCCCACAUGUUCGGGCUGUAGAAGAAAUCUUAGGUUAUCACCUGCACGUGACUCAUGAUGCUAAGUAACCAGGAAGAAGUUUCCCAAAGAAGCAGAAUAUCAUAGGGUUUCAGUUUUGAAGACAAUUUCUUUAUGGCCAAGACGACCCUGGUUUUAACAAAACAUUUCUUGGGGUGAGUGAAGUACUGAGUGAAUGACAUUUACCUUAGUAUUACGGACUCCAGUUUUGUUCCCUUAACGUACUGAUGACUAGAUGGGAACUACUAUACUGAGAACUGGGAGCUCCUUUGGGAGAAGGGUGGCGUUAGCUUCAUUCCCUGAAAGACCUGAAAACGUCAUCUCAUUACAGGGAGCUCACUAGCUGUUGAGGCAGCUCAUUCUGUUUCUGGAAGGCCCUCUCCUUUCUUGACAAAUUCCAGCCAGCGCAGCCACCUGGAACUAGCCUGGUCCCCUCUUUGCACAGCAGCCCUCGAAACGUUUGAAGGAGUUUGUGUUCCUUUUAGAGAUGAGAGGCACAAGCUAAGGACAGUUUUGGUAAGGAAGCUCAAGGAUUUCCCUUUGCAUCUUUACCCCUUUCCAGCCCUCAGGUGGCUUAGCCAGGUAAGCAUUUACUUUCACCACAGGAGGUGGCAUUCAGGUUUUAGAAGCAGCUCAGAGCGGAGGUGGGGCCGUGUUUCCAGCUCAGGCUGCAAGGGGCCAUCAGCCCCCUCAGAGGUGCUAGCUCCCAGCUCUGGCACGUUCCAGCAAAGGAAAUGCUCUGAGAGAGUCAUUUUAAAGGGAAAAGCAAAAGCAUAUGCUUACACAAAGGGUUCUAUUAUUUCAGACUUCAUUGGUUUGCAUGUUAGAUGCUUCUAAGGGAAAAGAGACUGCGUGCUGGGUAUUCUGUGAGAAGCAAACAGAUUAAUGGUACAAUCUCAGAUUUGAC